UGUGGGUGUGUGCGUGUGUGUGUGUGUGUGUUCAUUGGAUGGUGAUCAGCUCCAGAGCAGCCGUUUGAGCGUCGGACAGAAAGUUGUGAACUCAGCGAUGUGGAGACAAACAGGAUAUGUUUGAGUUCAACUGAAGUUCUACUGAUGACCACGCCCUCCUUGGCUCCGCCCACAUCAUGGCUGACAGGAAGUUCUCAGGUGUGCCUCCUCCCUCCCUGCCUUCACCUGUUCACCAUGGGAGGAUCGGCGGGGCGGCGCCCAAAGGUUCUCCUACUCCUCAGCAGAACGGCAGCGUGGAACCAGAACCGGCGUCCCCCACACGGACCCUCGGAGGCCUCGUGGGUUCUGGUUCUGAAGGCACCUCCAGACCUCGAGGUCAGAGCCUCGGGUCGGCCCUGAGCUCCAGGACCAGAACCUCCAGGAACAAGUGGUGCAGCAGCCAGCAGGAGGAGCCCGAGGCCUUGUUGGACCUGAUCCUGGAGUCUCAGUGCCAGAGGCUGGAGGACCAGAGAGCCAGUCUCAGCCUGCUGCCGGACCCAGAACCAUCUGCUCUGUGUGGGGCCUGCAGCCCGGACCAGGCCGGUCUGGACCGGGCCGGUCUGGAUCCGGCCAGCCUGGACUUCUACUACAUGCUGAUCCAGUACCAGUCGGACAGGAUGGAAGACCAGCGCUGCUCCCUUCCAGAUCUUGAGGAUGUUCUGGGUCCAGUUCCGGAGGGUCAGGAGGACUUCUUCAGUCUGGUCCAGAGGGUCCAGUCCAGGAGGAUGGACGAGCAGAGAGCCUCGAUGCUGCUGAGACACUCGGAGGACGAGGACGCUCCAACAGGUUCUGCCCCCCGACACCAUCACUGAUGUCCCCACAGGAACCGGGUGGUCUGACUGCUUCUAGUGGGUCUGGACCUGCUCCUCAGGACCAGAACCAGAUGGUGCUGAUGGACCUUUUCUGUUUGGAUCCUGUUCUUAGUUCCCAGAAUCCUCCUGGUCCCAGAACCGGGUACUGCUUCAGGUGUGGGGACAUCAUGAGGUCCAAAACCUGGUUCAGAUUGUGAGUGAACUGGUCCUCAGCUGUCCCUGAUAGAACCUCAGAGUCCAGUCCUGGGGUUCUGCAGAAGAACAGUGUUUGUAUAGAAAGAUGUGGAUGUUAUCAUUAAUUCAUUUUCUAGUUUGGGUUCUUAUUUUUAUUGUUACUAAUAUAUUCUACUGAUAUCUGUCAUGUUUCUGGAACCAGAACCUCCUUCAGGAUUAAUAAAGUUCUACUGGAUCUUA